AUGUACAGGAAUACUGCCCAGAAUUAUGGCCAUGUCAAAUACGUUCCGCCCAACGCUCUCCCUUCGCCUGAUAAUACCAGCGAUUCUGACCUGGAAAUCCUCGACGCGCUUGACGAAAAGAGGAGGCAGCUAGACGAGGAAAUUGCCCGGUUCAAGGUCGCAAAGGAGCGGGAGUUUCGAGAAUUUGAGAGGGAACUGCGGGUGAAGAGAAAAGGGACCCGCAUCGGCGGCCAUCUCCCAUCUGAGCCGACAUCAAUCAAACAAUUCACCUCAGCCCCCUCGACAACAGCUUCUGCUCUGAACUUACUGGCCUCUGCUCAAAACGGCUCCCCCAUCGGAAGGGCAGGGCCUAAAGCGAGAAGAGAUGGAUACCUGGCCGAUAAGGUCAAGAGACCCGCACCACUAAGCGGGCCUACUCUGUCUAUAGAGAAAUUGAACAUCACGGGCGAGACUACGCCGCCGUUACAUACCCUUGGAACCCCUCCAACACCAAGUCUCUUGAUGCGAACAAGGUCUCGCUCUCCAACCGAUCCAGCUGCACGGCCAACAACGCCACCCUUCUUACAAGGAGAGAAGGAAUCAACGCCUAUGUCAACGCCGGCGCCCUCGAGAGAUCGGUCUGAUCCCUUUGCAGGGGUUUUCACUCCAGCAUAUCUGCCCCUGCUCGAGUCACGAGACCGUACCGCCUUGAUACGCAGUCCUCAGAUUUCGAAGUCUGCAGACGAGGAGAACAAACGGCUCCAACUCGAUGCGAGCAGUAAGCUGCAGGCGGAGAGACAGAGGCUCGAGUCAUCUCAGUCGCUACCUCCGCAGCAAGUCUCUCCUACGAUUGUCACGACCAAGCGGACGAAGUCUUCGCCAGUACUGCCCAGUGCGAGCCUUCCCAGUGCUUUGCGGACUGCGAGUGGAGGGGGCCGCCGAAGGAAGCACGUCAUGUUUCAGCUUGCUGAUCUCAAGGUCGUAGACCCAAGUAGUAGUUACGAGGAAGGACCGAGUCCGGAGAUGGAGGAGAAGCAAGACGUGAUGGAUUAUCGAGGUCCGGGCAUGCAGAGUGAUCAUGGCAGCGACGCGGGUAAGCAAUAUAAAGGGAGCCCCAGACUACCAGUCGAAAAGGAGAAAAGACAAGGACGGGGCAGAAAUGGCCGCUUCGUCUCACCUAUCCCUUCACCAUUGGCGAGUCCUAGUCCGAGCUCAUCGCCUUCACCAGCCCUGCAUGGCUCAUCGCCCCACCUGUCCCCAGUUGAGUCACCGAGUCUCGUCCCCUCCUCUGUGGACGAGACCACAGGCUUCUCAGGCGGUCUUGCCGGCGCAGAUGAUGGGGGCAGCGGAGUCGGGUUCUUCGAACUCGACGAAGAGCUCGCGAGUCCAGCGCUCCGAGAAGGCAAGCCCGUCGAGACAUUCGACCUCGACGUGGAGGAGGAGGGUGUCAACGAGAACGCCGCCGGUGCCACGCGGCACGGCCUUGGAAUCAUCCCCUCGGUGCAGGUGGGCAGCGUGCCCAUCGACAUCGUCAGGCCCAGCAGCAGCUUUAUAGGCAGUUACGGGCAUUGA